AUGGCCGCAGAACAACAUGGCAGGCCUGUUGCCGCUGCCGCUGCCGUUGCCGCUGGGAACGCGCCGCCCCCCUCCACGCUAGCUGCGCAACUGGUCGAGAACAUCUCGGCGUCGGCAAAGUCGACGCGAUCCGAGGAGAACGCCGAGCUGAAGAGGCUGUUCGCCGUCAUAGAGAAGGUCAAAAACAAGCCCGACCUGCUGAAGGACGCCGAGCAACGCACCGAGCACAACCACAUGCUCAUCUACGUCUACGCCCGCGUCGUCCUCGAAGGCAUCAAGCUCGACGACCCCUUUGCCGACCGGAACCACCUGCGGAACGAGGCGCUCAAGGCCAUCAACUUUCUGAAAGUCACGAUCGAGGAGACGCCGAACGUUUUGAGCCAUACCACAGAUGGGAAGCAGUUUGUGUUCCGCGGGGAGGAGCCUCUUUGGAUCUGGGUCUUCCCCAAGAUCCUGAGGCUGCUGGGGCACUCUCGCUGCCUUGAUCUGGCCGAGCCCAUCGAGGGGUUCUUCCAGUUUGUGAUUCUCGCGGUGAUCCGCACGGGCUCCAUGUGGAAGUUGCUCUCGUCCAUAAUCUUAUACCUGCGCGAGACGAGCAGUGCCGGCUGCAAGACACGGCGCCGAGUGCGACUGGAAGAGACGUUUCAAUAG